UGAACUUCCCCGUAUCAGUUAUGAAUGGAGUGACAAGUGAAGGAGGACUUGUUUCAUUGACCUUCAAAUCAGUCACAUGUGCUGAUUUGGUUGAGAAUCUCGAUGUGAUGAAAAGCGCGUUAGUUCCAGGACUAACUCGUGAUACCCGUAUAAGAGAUGAUGAUAUUGAUUAUAGUGCGAGGAUAGCCAAGCUCCAAGCAGAGCUCGCUCAGAUGCGAGAAGCAAAGAGUAGUAAUGAAAUAGGACUAGAUAUCACCAACAAGACAGAGAAAAUCUUAGCGGAAAAAUAUAUCACAACGGGAGGCAAAGGGUAUUUUGAGAGUACUAUAAAUGAAGGCAUAUCUGUGGAAAAAUUUGAGGAUGUCAAGGACAUAGAUCUUGGACCAUACCAACGGGUAACGGAGUUAAUUCCAGAAGAUAUUAUAGUCGAUGAAAUAGAGUCAACGAUGGAGCCUACAGAAGUAAAACUACAGCCAACAGAAAUAGCGAAAACAGAAAUAGUGACAACAGAACUAGAGUAG